AUGAAGGACAUUAGUUGCCCUACGGGGGAAACCGGCUCGAUAUUUGAGAAAUCCAAGAAGUUUCAACAUUUCUUUACGAUGGAUGGAGCUGUGGGGACAUUGGUGGAAAGAUGUGGUUUGGAUCCAUCUAAAAUGGGUUCCAUGUGGUCAACAUCUGCACUUAUCACGGAUGAAGAAAUAGUUCGUUACGUUCAUAAAUCCUACUUGGAUGUGGGGGCCGAUGUUAUUUUAACAAAUACUUAUCAAAUGCACGCCGCUGGAUGUGCUCAGGCGGGAGUAACCAUGAAUGAAGUGGUAAACACCGCCGUCCGUGUUUUGUGCGACGGCAUCACGCCUGAACGUGCGGCGGCAACAAAAGAGGCAAAAGUAUGGGCUCAACAUGUUAUGAAUAACAAAAGGAGCGAAUUCGUAAAUGUGUUUGCUCCACUUUUUUAUGGACCACGAGAUGAUGCAUCAAAAUGCCCGGUGUUGGUUGGUGGUAGUCUCGGAUCAUAUGGAGCUUCACUCGGGAAUGCGCAGGAAUACCGCGGGGAAUAUGAGGUUAAUGAAGACAUCAUCAGGGAUUAUUAUGUAGGAAGGUUUAUGGCCUUUGUGAACCAUGUGGAUGAGAAGGAGGCCCACUUGAAGGUGGAUUUCAUCAUGAUUGAAACAAUUCCAUUGUUAAAUGAAGCAAUAGAAAUAUUUACAUGGCUGAAAUAUCAGAAGGAAGAUGAGACACUUCGGUCGGCACCGGUGUGUUUGUCAUUUAUUUCUUGUUUACGGGAACCGCGUCCUGACGUGACUGUUGAUGAUGCCACUUUGAAUGAAUGGUGGCUGGCGGCGGAAUCAAACAUCCGUCUUAUUGAUGGCAAUACGUUUGAGAAGGCGUUUAAUUCUCUAAUGGAACUUCAGUUACCGCAGCUGGUUGGGUUUGGAACCAACUGCUGUAGUCCUCUUGAAGCGAGUGUCGUUGCAAGUGCUUUUCUCAAAAAGAAAAAGCAUAAGGUGACGGACCCAUCACUAGCGCUAUUUUUGUAUUCAAAUUCUGGCGAAAACUUCAAGGAGGGGGAAUGGCAUUGGGGCGGUCAAUUACCACGGGGUUCACAUUCACCAACAUCCAGCCCUAAGGAAACAUUACCAUUUACAACAUUACAGAGAUUAAUGUUGUGUUGCGAAGCUGAUGUCCGCACCGCUGCUUUUUUUGCCUAUCAGUUACUGCUUCAAAGGCCCGAAGCGGACGAUUGGCUUUUCGAUAUUAUCAUCUGCGGCGGUUGUUGUCGUUCAACUCCUGAAGAUAUUGCUAUGAUACGCAGUUUAGUGUGA